CUUGUAAAAACAACAGAUAUUGAUGGAGUUCCAUGUUAUUGUGCUUUUUUAUUGACACACAUCACUCUCUGGUUCCACAGGUUCCUUCUUUCGCCCGGAGAUCCAGCAUCCUGGCUGACCUCCAUGAGGCGUCCCUGGAGGAGGAGAGCUGUCUGAAGCCCAGCCCCAUGCAGAUGCUCCGUCCCCAGGUCCAGCAGUACCAGCUGAACAGCAAGAAGCACCACCCGUACCAGCCGCUGUGCCGGGAGCGUGACACCGAGCCGCCAGCGCACGGCAAGAAGUUCUUCUACCAGCUCAACAGCAAGAAGCACCACCAGUACCAGCCGGACCUCAAGGGCCACGAUCCCAUCUUUGUUAAACCCAGAGAGGUGAAGGCUCCGGAGCUGGUGAACAAAGGGUACAACCUUCCCCCGGUGCUGCAGCAGAAGUGGGUCCGGGACAAGGACUCAGGUUGUCUGACAAAAGUCAAGGAUAUCACCAUGGAGCUGAAGAAGCUCCCAGCGGACCUCAACGGCCACAACGAGCCGGAGAAGGUCCAACCUAAAGAGGAUGCUUCACUUACGCAGUCUAAUGGAGGCAGCAACGGCAAGUUAAAGAUCGUGAAAAACAAAAACAAGAACGGGCGGAUUGUUAUUGUCAUGAGCAAGUACAUGGAAAACGGAAUGAAAGCGGCUAAGAUUAAAAACAGCGGCUCUGACAUCGCUGGAAAGCCGCUGCAACCAGCUGACAGCAGCACGGAGAACCACCUCGAGAAAAUGAAGCUCGUCAGGAAGCUCGGCCUCAUGAACGGAUUUGCCAAAAACCCCAAAGACAAAACAACCUUCCCUAGUUCUGGAUUUAAAGUGCAUUGCCUCAAAGAAAAGCAACAGUCCCCCAAAACGGAGCCAACUGUGACGGAUCAGGAUAAACCUGUCAGGGUCAGGGGUCAGGGGCAGCUUUCAGAAGAUCAGCCUUUACAACUGACAAGUUGUAAAGGCACAACCAAGCCUAAUCUGCUCUCGCUGCCUUUGGAUAGGGGAGUUCCCUCCCCACUGGACAAAAGAGGGAACCAAGGUGAAUUUCAAGGACUGAAGCGACACCUCUCUGACCCAGACAGCGAGGAUCAUGGGAGUAGUAAGAGGUUUCUGAGCUGCAGGAGUAUCAGCCCUCCUCACGCCACAUCUCCACCCACCCAAAGCACCAACCAAAACACACACCAGAGUCCCACUGGACUGCAGGACUGUGGGUACGCAGACCAGGAGGAACCUAUCGACUUAAGUGUUGUCAAGUCCCGGCCUAAAGCUACGCAGCCUGAAACACAAACUGAAACUGUAACACAAUCUGAAACACGCACACAUGAUGAAACAGACACACACACGGAUGUACGGACAGAAACUGAAACUACAGAGGAGGAUAAAGUCAAUUCAUUGUCUGUGUGUAACCAUGAGAAGAGAAAAGAGGAGACGUUUCCCUCUCUCCAGCCUUUCCUCGGGAAUAUAGUGAUCACAGACAUUACCACGAACUGCCUCACAGUCACCUUUAAGGAAUACAUUACAGCGUAACGGACCUGUGGAACUGCAUACAUUUACAUUCAAUAUAUUUGUAUUUUCAGAUGCUUGAAUGUACAAACGGACCCUUGAUGUUUUUUUCAUUUUGUAUAGUUCCCAUAAAGAAAAAAUAUCCUUUAUUGCGUUUUUGCAUAUUUCUUUUUAUAAGCUCUCUGUUGUUACUCCUGGCGAUUUUUUAUCACAUACGUUACCUAAUUUCAGGCCAAAUUAGGUCAAAUAAAUGUCUGAAAUUGAUUGAAGAUGCUCUUAUCUGUAAUUUGAUUAUUCACUCAAACUGUUGGCCUCUUUGACAAUGCUAAACAAAUGUAGGCUUUAUGGAGUUUUGUAAAAAAAGAUUAUAUUGAACCAUGGUAAAUUACACUGUGUGUGUGUGUGUGUGUGUGUGUGUGUGUGUGUGUGUGUGUGUGUGUGUGUGUGUGUGUGUGUGUGUGUGUGUGUGUGUCAGAUGGGCCGAUUGAAACAAGGAUGCAUGCUGUUGGACAGAUUAUGCUAUUAGGCAUGCUUAAACAAGCAGAUCAGAAAAAACUAAGCACCUUUCUGUCAGUAAAUGUGAUCUGCAGCUGAAAGAAAAUGUCUUUCAAAUGAAAGAUAAUAAAUGGUUAAUGUUUGAUAUACGCUCUUUUUCUAUCUCUGUUCAAAGGGUUCUUUGAGUCAUGAAUCUCCAGAUCUGAUCCUGAGCAGUCACCUUCAGCCCUGAGACUUUAUUUAUGUAAUGUUUCCUCGCAGUGCAGUGAAUAAGAUGGCGUUGCUUCACUUGAACCAUAUCAGUCACACAUCUGUGUUAACACUGUUAGUUGACAUGUGUACUCCCAAGAUAUUACAACAUCAGAUGGGUGAUCUAUGAUUCACUUUCUCAUGUUUCCGUUCUCGGCCUCCCUCACAUGUUCUGAGGCGACACAGUUAUGUGGAACUGAAUGGAACUGUCUUGGUGUCAUAUUUUACGUAACUUUUGCUACAUUGCGCUAAUUAAAAGUUUGUAAAAGCACACAUUCUUGUCACAAUCAUAUCUGUUCCCUCCUGUCAUACAUGCCCCUUCUACUUUUGUUUCAUUUUCGAAAAUCCCUUCCAGCACUUUGAGAUCUGAGGUCCGUUGAACAGCUCUGUGAGAAUGAUUAUCAGAAGCACUUUUUAUGUUUUGUGUGCAGACAAAAAAAUGAAGGCUUCCUAUGAUACAUUUUG